ACAAGAAAAAAUUUCACCUUUCCCGCCGUAGCCUACGCGGAGGAGCCUGACAUGAUAGUAUUCUCCACUGGCCUUUGCCUGAAUGGAGGGAGUUUGAACAGUGAACAUAUCAUCAGUAUCACAGUCAUAAUCUAAAGACAAGCGAUUUAGGAGGCGCUCAAGGAUUGAGUAAAUAUUAUUAUGUCAGGGGCCGCAGCUACCGGCGGGGAGGAAAUGGUCUUCAAUGCCGAAGAUAGGAGGGUUCGAGUCCUGAAUCCUCGGAAAUCUCCCGCCGGGGGUCACCCAGUUCACGCCUCCAUUUUCCAAGUACGUUCAGCGUGCAAAACUUGCAAGCAGGUAGCGCCCGCCACGUGCUUCAUGGUCGAACAGCUCAACAAAGGCCGCGAUCAUCCCUGCUACUAUUUCACGACUGCCGCACACGUUCUUUGUUGCAGCGAUUGUGGAGAGUAUUGUUGGAUUCAGAUUGUGUACGAAUGGGAUCCCAAGAAGCCCAAACCCAGUAGCACGUUCCUGCCGGAUGAAACCUUUGUCGAGGAAAACAAUGACCGAGGAUGGCUGCGGGUGCCCGAAGACUACGUAAAGAACUGCGGAGAAGGCAAGGGAGACUGGGAUCGCUAUCUGUAUGAUUAUGGCAUUAUUGCUCUGCGCAAGGACAACUUGGAACAGAGACUAAAGGAUGAGCUUGACAAGCUGAGCGGUGAAAAUGCAAUGGUGCGCAAACCAAUGGCUCAACAGCCGCGUAUGGAGUCUGUUGACCAGGCGUUCCUGUGUGGGUUUCCUGGAGAGGUCAAAAAAGAGGCGGUGCGAGGUCACAUGUACUGGAUGCCCGUUGACAAAGCCAAGAAAGCUGAACCGCUACUGGAUGACAUCGGCUUUAAAAAGCGCAGUGGCCAGGAGAGAGAGACAUCGGCACUGUUUGCCAUGCCGCAACGUCAUACGAAUGACGGUGACGGCGACGGAAACAACAAAAGCAGCAGCAACCAGGAUCUUGUUGUCAAGCGACUCUACCGUCACUACAUUGAUUCAAGCGGUGGACAGAGCGGCUCACCCGUAUACUCCUACGACGAUGAAGAAGACGAGUACAUCGUUUACGGCAUUCAUGCCGGAUACUGGCGCUUUGAGGAUGCCAAGUCCAAUUUGUACUGCAAUGUAGCAGUGCGGAUGCAGGAGGUCUACAAAGACAUGAGUGAGUGGAUCAAAGGGAAGGAGGAUGACAAGCACACGGCCAAGCCAGCUCAGAAACAUUCCACAGAAGGAUUCGUUGAGAAGAAACAACGUAGCUAUCUGUUUGGCACUGGAAUCGAAGGAAUGAAGAAUUCGAAGCCAGGAACUGAGGAUGUCGGUAAACCUGACGAAGAUCCGACAACAGCUCUCCCCGUUGACAGCCCACUGGGCCCCAUAGGUUCGAAACGCCUUAAAGAUAUCGACGACCCCAAGAAAUUUGCUAAGAGUCUUCAAGAUUUCGUCGAUAAGAAUGAAAGGAAAGACUUCGGUCGCAAAGCAGUCGAGGCUGUGGACCCAAGCCGUAAGAACAAUUCGCCUAACGUACUGAGAGAUUUUCAUCAGCUCAAAGAAGACUCCAUCGAUGGCCCGUGGAAGGGCCAAGAGAACUUUAUGUGCAUCAUCUACUAUCUGAUCGUCAAGAAGAGAGAGAUGACUAUACAUGCUUUGUUUGAGAUGCUCACACCAUGUGCACCGCAGAACACAGGCAGAAUAAAGAAAGAGCUGAUGGCGGCUUCGUACGAAUGAGCAGUGUCGUGAAGUCACCAUAGCAACUACCCAGGUGCCCUACGAAGGUCACCAGAUGUCUGCGGCAUAGUCGUCUUCUGCGGUUUGUUCUUGCGAAACUGCGCGGUGCAUUGCUCUGCAUUACUCUGCAUUGCUCUGCAUUACUCUGCAUUGCUCUGCAUUACUCUGCAUUACUCUGCAUUACUGCAUACCUAGUAGAAUACAUGUGACUGUUAUCUCUUUACCAUUCUAUGUUCGAAGUCGGAAGAAGUGUUUGCGCUCUUGUCUCCAAGGAAACUGUGCAUGCAUUUCGUUGCUUACAUAAUAUUAUUACGCCUUCCGUGACACGUGCAUGCUGAAUACUCUCCUUUCGCCUGCACAUGCCUUCGCUAAGUAUCGGUGUUUGAUGUUGCGCUGUCGUACCUUGCCUCUCUAUGUCCUGCGUAUCAUAAUGCUACAUGUCUUGCUCUCGUCUUGUCUUUUCUCUCUCUCUCUUAUGACCUUCUCUAUUUUUCUUGGCGCGCUUUGUCUGUGCAGACGCCGAGACCACCAAGGUCGGCUGAGCAGCAGGGCCCCGCCACUACUUUUCGAAUUCAUUCGGGAGCAUAGUGGACCUAGAAAGAAAAAAAUCCUUUUCCUUCUA